AUGCCCGCGGCAACAUCGAAGCGCGUGCGUGGUAUCAAGAUCACGCGCCACUUCAUCAUUGGGAACGAAGCGCACGUUCUCCCAUACUCCGGCUACCCAAAUCCACCACCAGAAGGGCAUACCAAAGGCUGGAAAGUCUACGUCCGCCCUCUUCCCAAUGGACCCGACAUCACGACAUGGCUCAAGAAAGUCCAGUUCAAACUCCAUCACACCUACGCCGAUGCUUCGCGCACCAUCGAAUCUUCUUCUCUGCUCGACCCCGCAACAGGCGCCGCGAAGAAGGACAUUAGCUUUGAGGUGGCAGAAACGGGCUAUGGCGAAUUCGCAGUGGAGAUAAGACUCUACUUCGCACCAGAGAGUGGAGAGAAGGCCAUCUAUCGGGAGCACUAUCUUACCCUCUCUCCGUACGGAGAUGAGAAGCAGAAAGCGAGGCAAGAGAAGGAUAACUUUGUCGUCGCGGAGCGAUUAGAGACAAUCGAGUUCAACGAGCCUACGUCGGAUUUCGCGAAAAUGUUGAUGAGCGAGGAUCAGUUCAAUUGGUUGAAGGUGAAGAAGGGAAGGGGCAAAGGAAAGAAGCCGGAUUUUGUGUUCGAGGGCAAUGUCGAGCCCAGUUCGCAGUUGCCUGAAAAGGCCUUGCCUGGUAGCGGCGAGGGUGCAGGAAUGAGCGGUGGUGCCUGGAGUGUGCAGUACGAGAAGCAAGUGCUUGCGCAACUGGAGAAGAGCAAGGAGAAGAUCGAUGAGAUGCUGGAGGAAGAGAAGAAGAAGAUGGAGGAGAGAAGAAAGGAGCUGGAGAAAUUGGGUGCUACGAUCAAGACCUAG